AUGACAACAAUUGACUUUUGUUGGAUACAUAUAAUUUGUUAUCUCAAUUAUCUAAUCUUUGAAGUGAUAACACGGAAAUAAAAUAAUUUUAUUGUUCUAUUAAAAGAUAAAGGUUAGAGGUCACAUUAUUGUUAAAUUAAAUCGAAGAUGGUGGCCGAUGGCAUAAGGGCACAAACACAUUGACCUAAAUUUCAUCCUCUGAAAACUGUUCCGUCAUGAUCUUGAACUUUGUAGCGGGCAUAAGCUGCGAGAAAUUGUUCAAUAAUGCAAAACUGCUGUAUUUAAAAUAAUUCUGAUCAUAAUUUAUAAAACAAAGCAAACAAUAGACUUCGUCGCAAUCGUGUGCAUAAAGUGUUCCAGGUUUUAGUCGCAUAAUUGCACAAAGAUGAAUAUCUUGAAAUUAAAACAGUCAAGAAUUAUACAUUUAUGUUUUGCCAUCACUUUCUUCACUUCAGGAGUGAUUGUUAAUCUUAUACAAUGCUUCUUCUACCUCACAUUAAGGCCCUUCAACCGAAGACUUUACAGGAAACUGAACUGGUAUUUUUGUUUCACUAUUUAUUCACAAUUGGUUUUUUUGGGUGAUUGGUGGUCAGGUUCCCGAAUCAUAUUUUACGUUGAUAGAGAAGAUUUUGACAAAUAUUUUGGCAAAGAACACUCUUAUUGUGUCAUGAAUCACACCUAUGAGAUUGACUGGCUAGUGGGGUGGAUGAUUUGUGAUAGGUUACACAUGUUAGGGAAUUGUAAAGCUUAUGCAAAAAAAGUUGUACAGUAUAUACCAGUGUUGGGUUGGGGGUGGAAAUGUUCAGAAUUUGUAUUUUUGGAAAGGUCAUUUGACAAAGACAAGAGAGUGAUAGAUACGCAAGUUACGGAAUUGGCUGAACAUCCGGAUCCAAUGUGGUUAUUGCUCUUCCCGGAAGGCACGCGCUUCACUCCGACAAAACACAAAAUCUCCCUCGAAUUCGCCCGUCAAAAGAACCUCCCCGAAUUAAAACACCACCUUCUUCCAAGAACCAAGGGCUUCACAGCUAGUCUGCCUUCGAUGAAAGGCAAAGUGCCAGCAAUUUACGACAAUGAAAUUUGCUUUAAUGAGAAUGAUCCCUACAAACCCACCAUUAGAAACAUGUUAUUUGGGAGACCUGUAACGGCUCAUAUAUACAUGAGACGCAUUCCUUUAGAAGACGUGCCACAAACUGAACGCGAACAAGAAGACUUUCUCAGAGAGAUGUUUGUGAGAAAGGAUAAAUUGAAAGAUAGUUUUGCGAAAACGGGGGAUUUUUUUGCCACUUCGGGUAUUUCCAGAGUAGAACCCUUCGAGUUGGAACGUAGGAUUAAUUCUGUUAUAAAUAUCGUAGUUUGGGUUGCUUUAAUUUGUUUUCCCAUGGUGUAUUAUUUAAUUAAGUUGUUGUUUAGCGGAGAGUUGCUUUAUUUUUCUAUUGGCGCCAGCAUCAUAGGAGCUUUUUACUUGUUGUUGAACAAAACAAUUGGAAUGUCUGAGAUUGACAAAGGAUCGUCCUAUGGUACAAACACUCCAAAGAAGGUCGCAUAAGUAGUGCUUUUAAUAGUAUUAUUUUAAAUGUUAGACAUUGCGUUGUCUGUGCCAAGCUGUUAGGCAUUUAUCAAUCACAAAGUUCAUUUUUAAAAUCAAAUUUAGCGUUAAACGCAACAAAUUAAACAUUGUUGAUAUUUAGAAUCUGGAGAUAUUAAGAUUUGUUGUUUUUUACUGUAGAUUGGGUUAAGACUCACAAUUAAACAAUAGGAGCAACUGUAUUAAGUUAUUAAGAAUUUUGUUUUGUUAAUAUGUUACAAAUAGGGAAAAGAAAAGUUUGAAGUA